CACCGGCCGCGCCGCUUUAUAAACGGGGGCCGGAGCGGCCGGGGGCUGCGCCGGGCUGAGCCGCGCCGGGAGGGAAGCGGCCCAGAAAUUCAUCAGAUGUAGACGUGAAGCUCCUAAACCAGAAACUCCUACUUCAAGGAGUGCCCAAGGAAAUGAGGUUUUUAGAUUAAAGAAAAUAGCCAAUUUAAGGACCAUUUUUCAGCCCUCACUCAAGACAAGCUCAUGUAAACCUGGGCCGUCACAGAAACAGCCGCUCCCAACACGUGAAAGCCGGGGGCUGAGACACCUAGAAGGGCUCCUUGACUGAGCACAACAAGAUCAGGCCCCUCGCUGCCGGGGAAGUCACCGAUGGACUGUGGGCGCUCAGCUGAGAGCAGCGAGAAGGCCUCCAGCCCGGGCUCGGGGCCCGAUUCCCCGCUGCCUUCCGCCGCGGGCAGCAAUUCCUGCCCGCCCUCGGCGGCCGGGCCGCGGGCCGGGGCGCCCCCCGGCAGGCCCGCCGCCGCUAACGCCGCCCGAGAGCGCAGUCGGGUUCAAACCCUGCGCCAUGCCUUCCUCGAGCUGCAGAAGACUCUCCCCUCCGUGCCCCCCGACACCAAGCUCUCCAAGCUGGACGUGCUCCUCCUGGCCACCACCUACAUCGCACACCUCACUCGCAGCCUUCAGGAUGAGGAGGAGUCGCCGGGAGAGGGCCUGGGUACCCUGCGAGGGGACGGAUACCUCCACCCUGUCAAGAAGUGGCCGAUGCGUUCCAGGUUGUACAUCGGAGCUACAGGACAGUUUUUGACUCACUCGGCACAAGGAGACGGCGCAAACCAAGGAGAAACAUCAACAGCUUCACAAACCUAAUCUCCCUUCUCGCUUUAAAAAAAAAAAAAAAGAGAUAUUUAUUACACCUUAUAUAUAUCUAUUUAAGUUAAAAAAUAGUAUCUACAGGCAAGCUAAUUCCUGAAAUACUGUUUGUAGAGGAGAAGGAAUUGAUUCUUAAAUGUCAUUGAUACCUCAUUAAGCUAAUGUGACGCAUGAUUGGUUUCUGUCAGAGGACAUUGGUGGGAUCUGAGUGGGGGGGGGAAGAGGAGCGGGCAGCUGCCGCAGCGGCACCAUCAGUAACCCCAAAGGGCACGGCUAGAAAUAGUGGUCGAAACCCCGCCUGCACUUUCUUCGCUGCAUCGAAGCCGACGGCAGAAACCCCACCGACCGCAGCGGCCGGGUCAGGGCUUCGGCCUUCCGAUAAUCUGAAGUGUACGGAGCUGCUCCUCAAAACGUGGCCGCGUGCUGACCUCAAGCGAAAACGUGCCGAAAUCUGGCCUGCGGCCCGCGCGGCGCCCCGCACCCCCGACACAACCGGCUCUGCACGUUACGUGUCGCUUGUAUUGAUCCGGGCAAUCGUGUUUGCAUGUUAUGGGGUUUAAAAUGUGUUUGGGUGCUACCCCGGUACAACUCCUUGUCUGCUCGGGAUACCAAGGUUUGUUUUUGCUGUCUUUUAGCGGGUUCAUGCACUGAAGGAAGUGAGCCCCAAGUGCUGGCUUGUUCAUAGCACGUUUUUCACUUAAACAUCUUCUAUAUUUAGGCAAGAAAAGUUGAAACUAAAUGCACAAACGCCAUCUGAUGUGUCUGUUCUGUAAACCACUGUACUUCUCAUAUAGUUUGUUAUUGCUGAGGUAGACAUUUUAUUAAAUAUCAUUCAUUGAGAACUACGUA